UAUAAACAGUCGGCAGUUAUGUUUAAGAAAAAGAAAAGAGAAAAGAAAUCAGACAAUAUUGACUCUAUCGAAAUACCAGGAGAAGAGGAACCAAAUUAUGCAGGGCUUGUCGUUGUAUAUAGAUCAGACAUCAUCAGCCGUCUUGAACCCAAACAAAUUCUGCCUUACAUGGCUUCUAUCGAUACCACACAAAGCGAAAAGAUCAAGAAAAUAGGCGAGAUUGACAGAGUUGUUGCUACGGAAUUACUGCUAGACGCCAUAAAACAGUCACGUGAUCGAGGAAUAUGGCGGGAAUUUAUGACAGCUUUGGAAAGAACCAAAUAUAUUGCACUACGACAAAAACUUCACGGAGACUCUAUUCACGAUGACACUUCCGAAAUAAGGUAUAUUGAGAUUAUGACGCCCCAACUCAGACAAAUUAUAAAUCCAUGUGAGAUAACAUCCGCGCUUCUUUCUCGUGACAUUCUCAUUCAAGACGACGUAGAGGAGAUUCUAUGUGAAGCAAACAAUCGUGGUUCGAUAGCAGCAACAGAUAUGUUAUUGCAAAGGGUAUCUGGGAAGCAUCCCAAAUGGUACACUGAAUUAGUUGCAGUUCUUUUUACUAGCGGUAUGAGUGAUGCAGGAGAUAUCCUUCUUCAAGGUUUUAACCAAUGCCCUAGAAAAUCAGAAGAUUCGGAAUCGUAUUUGACACGAACACAAGUUCCUAAAACAGGAGUGACGGUGAAACACCUAAGGAAAUAUGUAAAAGAGAGAAAUCCUAACACAGGCAGCAGCAAAGAGCAGCCAAGGCCACAUUCUUCAGUUCUCUCGCUAACAGAUGUUGGCACCAAGUGCAGCAGCAAAGAGCAGCCAAGGCCACAUUCUUCAGUUCUCUCGCUAACAGAUGUUGGCACCAAAUUUUGUCAUACACCAAAAGAAGAACAGAAUUACUUGCAACGAAUUGUACAAAAACGAGAAUUUGAAGAACAUGUUUACGACGAGCCAGCUUACGAAGAAAACCCCGAAGACAUGGAGGUGAAAAUACCCGAAGCAGAAAUUUCGAAUAAUCAGUACCUUAGUAUGGAUAGCUCCUUGACGAAUGAACUAUUUUACAUUACCCCGCAGUGUGAAACGCCAUUGCCGGAGGAGCCGCCACCAGUGCCAAUGCGUAUUUCAAGGGGAAAAAAUGAGUCAAUGCCUAUUAAAGAUGAAAAUGAAGUCGCUGACACAAAAGAGAGGGCUGAAAGAGAAACUGUUUAUGUGUGUGCAGUAGAGGACUAUGAAACACUCUACCGGGGACAACGAUCGUUUAAAAAGGGGGAUGUAAUUCGUGUUGUAAAACCCAUAGACGGUGAAGAAGACGAUGAAUACUACCAGUGCAAUGAUAAGGAAGGGCAACUUAUUCCUAAGAUUUGUGUUGACGUCGUUGAAAUACGAAAACCAGAAAGAACAGAAAAAUGCAAAUCAACGUCAUUUGAUUAUGGUUCCCCUGCACCAGACACUCCAAUUCCUGAGAAUAUGAUGAUGACUAUCAAUAAGAUGCUUAGUGAACUUCUAAAGCAACAGACCUUAGAGCAACACGACAAAGAUCUCAAGGAGCAGCUGGGUCAGCGCGAAGACGUUAUGAAGCAAGAUUUGCUCAUACCAGAAGACGAUGAUGAAGAUGACCUUGAAAAUAUUACUUCUUUAUGCUGAUCAAACAAGGACUGUCGUGUAAUCUAUGAGACAAUUCGCUGUGUGUGUAUAUUAUAAUGUACUAACUUUUGUUAUCGUCCACUUUCAUCUGUAUUAUAUAUAUAUAAAUCAAUUAGAAGGGCUAUAUAGAAAUCAAUUAGAAGUGCUGUAUAUAAAUCAAUUAGAAGUGCUAUAUUUAAAACAAUUAGAAGUGCUACUAAGUUCCAAAUGCGAGCAGCAAUAGUGGAAAUGCUAAAAGUUUCAUUUGACGGUGAUAUCUGGAAGAACAAUGGAAGCAGUAAAGAUGCUUUAUAAAACUUGUACAACUAUGUGUAAAACAGACAAGCUAGAAGUUAUCUAAGAACGUAUAGAUCUAGGCUCAUGAAAAGAUACGUCGGGCAUAGGAAGAGUAUGUGAUACACGUAACCGAACGAUAUCUAGACAUUUUUUGUUAUUUGCAAAAGAAACAAACAGCAUAACCAGACAACUGUUAACCUUCAAAGUUUGAAUGACAUACACACGAUGUGUUUCUAUCUCUAGAUAGUGAGACGAGAUCAACUUUAGAUUAUUACUUUCUAUGCUUUUUACUUUUGAUCAUUGCUGAUGUAGUUUUCAUAUACUAAUUCAUUUUUAAAUAUACAGAACUAAUUCAUAUGUAUUUGAUUGGACAUCACAUAUUGCUAUGUUUGUACAUACUUAAGUAUCUGCGUAAACAAUAUCAGGCAUUCCAGAAAAAAAAACAUCCUGUUAAUUGCAAAUGUACAGGAGAUCGAAGUUGGUUCUUUCAUAUUUUGAAUAACUUUUUAUCUCUUAAUAGUUUCUUUUGUUUGUAACUCUGAAACAAAAAUAAAAUCAACAUUAAUUAAUAUGUAUUAUAUGCUUUCCGGUGGUUUAUAGAGAUUUAUCAGUGAAAAAAAUGAUACUUCGGUGUUUUAAACAGUGAGAAUAUUAAUUUGGUAUAAGUGUUUUAUCGGUGCAAUUUAUUAUGAUCUUACACUGAAACAAGCGAUUAUCUUCUAUUUACUAUGAAAGAAUAUGAUCUUAAAAACUGUUCAUACCUUGAACAAAGCAAUGCUGAAAAGUAGUAAACAAUUAGUUAAGUUAUUUACUGUGUUAUUACUUAAGUUUUUUCGAGAAACUUUAGCAAGAUAUUUAAUACUUAAUCAUAUACACCUCAACUUCGAUUCCUUAAAUGGAUUGCCUUUCGGCAAUUGCGAAUAUUUUCCGAUGAACGCAACUUCUUCGGAUUUGUUCGGAUUGCGAAUCAUCGCAUAUUUUUAAAAGUUGAAAAAAAAUGUUUAUCUUGUUAUUGUAUGUAUUGUGUCAGCAGGCCCCGAAAAAUUUAAAUCCACAUAUAAGCAAGGGUUCAUUUAUGACAUGUUAAAUGUCAAUUUGGUGUUUAAAAGUAUUUUCCCGCGUAAUGGUGACGUCAUUUGAAAAAAAAACUUUCCGGUUACGGUCGGGUCGUUCUAUUUACAAUAUGGAUGAGAUCAUUAUUGCAAGGUUUUGUCAAAAGGAAUAAAGUAAAAAAAUGCAUCUUUUUGUGUAGAUAUAAGCAAUAAAUUGCGUAAUUGAUGUCAUUAUCAGGGACGAGUACGCAGUUAACUGAC